CGCUACAUGGUGGUGUAUAAAUUUUGAGUAAAUUAGCGUCCUUAAAUUUCGAAAUAUUCAAGUUUCAAGAAUUUGUAAACAGUAAACAGUACCAAAUAAAGCAACCCUGUACUGUAGAAAAGUGUGAAGUUGGUAUUGGCGAAGGACAACCAACUUCACUCUUUUCCGAACUGCUGAACCUCGUGAAGCAAGAAAGAAACAUAAAGCAUUUUUAUAAAGUUUAUCUUGAUAUAUCUUGAAUAAAGACGAAGAGUUUAAAGCAUCAGGUGUGGGGACGAUUACGCACAACUAUUAAGCGAGGCGGGUAUCCAAUUCCCGGCUACCGCCAAGUUGUCGCAGCUGAAACGUAUGGCGAUUAACAUGGUGGGAGCAUCUGACACGGUGAACAUACGCGGUGUUCCGUGUGAUUUUCUUUCACAGCAAACAAAUACAAGCGCCGACAUGGCUAGUGUGGGUGACUGUGCUGAUGAAGUGGCGAUUGUAGGUGCCCCUGCCGGAGCUGCGCAUUAUGCCACUACAACCGCCAUUGACGCUACUACUGCCGUUGCUAAUGGAGCUACCACUGCUGUUGCCGAUACUGUUGCCAGCGCCACCGCCGUUGCCGAUAUUGUUGCCAGUGCCACUGCCGUUUCCGAUACAGUUGUCAGUGCCACUGCCGUUGGCGAUACUGUUGCCAGUGCCACUGCCGUUGCGAAUACUGUUGCCAAGACCACUGCCGUUGCCGAUGCUGUCGACGUUGCCGGUAAUGUUGCUGCCACCAAUGCCACCGCCCUUCCUGCAGUCAAAACAGCUAGCAUCGCCAACUCCACUUCUAUUGCUGUUCCCGCUACAGCAAGUAUUGACGAGGAAUUGUCUUCACUGCAUAAGAAUCUGGAAAUAAUGAUGUUAAAACAACGCAUUUUCGAAUUGGAGAAAGGCUCAGCAGCUCCAGUGUGUAAUGCUGGCAACAAAAACAGUUACUGUGAUGUCGAACAUGCAUUAACAAAGUUCAGUGGAGAUGACAUUGCAUACUCAGUGCGAUAUUUUUUACGAGAUUUUGAAGAAGUGAUGAACCCAAUUAAUGCUGAUGAACGAUUCCGAUUUUUAUGCCUGCGGCGGUCUCUUACCGGCACUGCACGUGUGUUUUUGUCCACGACAGCCGCAUUCACGUACGAUCAGCUACGCAAGAUGUUUACUAGUGGUUAGACCAACGGCUUUGGCAGAAGAAGACCGAGUCACUCCACUGCUACAUUCUCAACAUGCAGGCCAUCGCCAAAAGAUCUGACAUAACCGAAACUGAAGUCAUCGACUUCAUAGUUGAAGGCCUAGGAGAUAAUAUCUCUAACAAAAAUCUCCUUAUGGGCGCACGCACAAUUGAAGAGUUGAAGAUGCUAAUGGCCAGAUACCAGCAGAAGUACUUACGUCGCGAGAGUAACACAAUCAAAAGGCCGACAAAGGAAUCAAUAAGGACUACGAAGGAAGUUGCCCACUGUUUCAAUUGUUCGCAAACAGGGCAUAUAAAACCCAAUUGCCCGUACCCGCUCAGACCAAACGGUUCCUGUUUUCGCUGUUGGCAGAUGGGU